CUGUGUUAUUUCUUUUUUUCCUCUGAGGCAUGUGUUGUUGCUUUUCUCAUUCGAGGCAUCUUAAUGGAAUGGAAUAUUUGUGUAUUUGUUUUUCUAAUUAGUAUUUAAAAUGUACAGAUUCAUCCUCUCGUGGGUCACACUGUUUGGUUGACGGCAUUUUGAAUGGAAAAACUGUGAACUCUGAACAGUAUGGAUUUUGGAGCCUUCAAGGGUCUUCAAUCACAAAAGUUGGUCCAAAAAGAUUUUUUAUGGUUAGGUUCUUCAUGGACAUGCAAGAGAAAAAGGAAACACUAUCGGUCUUUCUGUAGGAGUGGUAUAAUAAUUACAGUUCACGACUUUGUUUAUGUUUUAGCUGAGGAGGAUAAACUUGUUGCCUAUUUGGAAGAUUUGUAUGAGAACUCUAGAGGCAGCAAGAUGGUUGUGGUUCGAUGGUUUCAUAAAAUCGAUGAGGUUGACAUUGGCUUGUGUCACAAUUAUAAUUGCAGAGAAAUUUUCUUUUCUCCUUGUCUUCAAGAUCUCAGUAUUGAAUGCAUUGAUGGAUUGGCUACAGUCCUUAAUCCUCUGCAUUUUAAGAAAUUUUUGAACAUGUCAAAGCAUACUCUGCUGGAGUCAUUUGUAUGCUGUAAGCAAUUUGAAAAUGAUGAUAUCAAGCCUUUUGAUGUGACUCAACUGAAGGGGUACUGGAAACAAGAUAUACUUAGAUAUAUGUAUAGUCCUUAUCCUUUGAAUGAUUGUGUGACUCGUCAGCACCAUGCUGAUGACUGGAAAACAGAUUGGGAUGUUGAUGAUAGUGUUGGGAUCAGGCCCAGAAAGAGACAUCGUCAAUCAAAAGAUGAUGAUGUUGUGCACUUACAUAUUAACGGCAGUAGCGAGUCAAUGGAUACAUCACGUGCAGAUCUGCAAGAUCUUCAGAACAGUCAGAAAGGAAAUGAGUCAUUCAGUUUCCAGGUUGAUUAUGCUAAGCAAUGUUCUCUGCAUUUGAUGGUAGGUUCCCAGGUUGAAGUGUCAUCUCAAGAUAGUGGUAUGAGAGGGUUUUGGUUACGAGCUCGGAUAAUAAAAAAUCACAAAAAUAAGUUGAAGGUGCAAUACCAAGACAUCCAGGAUGCAGUUGAUGAAGCAAACAAAUUAGAGGAAUGGGUUUUGGCAUCCAAGGUUGCUGCUCCGGAUGAAAUGGGUGUUCGUAUUUCUGGUCGGACAACCAUUCGACCAUCUUCACAUUAUGCUAAAGGCAGUGCUUCACGUAUGGAUGUUGGGUCUGUAGUUGACGUCUGGUGGCAUGAUGGGUGGUGGGAAGGCCUUGUUGUUCAGAAGGAUUCAGAAGAUAAAUUUCGUGUUCAUUUCCCAGGAGAAAAGCGGGAAUCAGUCUUUGACAUUGGUGAUAUAAGGCAAUCUCAGGAAUGGAUAGGAAAUCGGUGAGUAGAUAUAAAGGAAAGGUGUGAUCUUG